AUGGCGCCGACAUAUAAACUUCCAAAGUCAAAGAGCCACAACAUAAGGACAGAAGCCACAUGCGGCUCUAGAGCCACAGGUUGCAGACCCCUGGGAUAUACAUCGAGAGGAAAUAGCCUGUCUGCAUCUGGCUACCAUCUAUGUAUUUACAACGAGACCCGCAAUUUGAGUUCCCUCGUGCUGCGACGGGUUCCUUAUACUGUGAGCAAGAGUUGCGGUGGCUGGCUUUUUUGGAUGGUGUGUCCAGUGACACUUUACAGAAUAGUUCAUCAAACUGAACACACGAUGCUGGAGGAGCAGGUGACCAGAUGCUGCCAUGGUUACGUACCAAUCGGAAGCUACUGUGCCCUGUCCUUAAAUUAUAGUGAGGAGUUUCUGACCAAACCUGGAUCCUGCCCAACUACAAAUGGAUCUUACUCUGAUGUUGAUGACUGUGACUGGGACAUAGAUUGUCCAGUGCAGCAAAAGUGCUGUGAGAGAUCAGGUCACCUUUUCUGCACUAACCCUGAAAGGUCAGCAAAUUACACACAGAAUGGGAGGAGCAGAUUCAAUGCAACAGUGACAGUGAAGACAGAUUAUGAGCAAUUGAUGAACAAUGGAGCGCUCCUUAACCAUACAAGAUUACUUCAAGCAAUGGUAACUGGAGCACUGCAGUUUGUCAAUUUUUCAGUCUAUUACCUCGCUUCCUGGCCUGUGCACCCUUAUAGAACUGCCACAUCGCUGUUGAUAGACUGCAGCCUUUCUCUUUCACUGCACAACAUCACAUCAAAGCUGCAUUUCCUCCUCAAACACAUACCCGAGGUGUCAGCUGUGACCGUUGGAGAUGUAAACGAGUGUGCGCAUCCUACUCUCCAUCAGUGCUCUCCACUGGCGCAAUGUAGCAACACAGUUGGUUCAUACCAGUGCGAGUGCCGUGGAGGCUAUCUUGAUGUUGACCCCAGCAAUCCUGGAACUCAUUGUGCAGCCUCCCCUGGCAUCAGCAGAUUACAGUCUGCCAACAUCACUGGCACUUCUUUUUGUGUUUACUGGUCCAGCCUAAUCCCAGCAAACCAGACUUACUUGGUGGUUCUUAGUGAGGGCUCAGAGGUUAUUAGUAAAUGGACAACUGAGCAGACCAUGUUGGAACUGAAGAAUCUGCAACCAGGGGUUCUCUACAAUGUCACUGUUAAACUCCACACAAAUGAAAGCCAUUACAUUGCAAUCAAAACUGAUGCUCAAACCCUUGAUGCCACCACUCGACUAACCAACAUCCCGUUCACCGAAGACCUACACAAUACGAGCAGCCAGGCCUACAAAAAUCUUACUGCAAGCAUUUUAGACGAGAUCUAUCGAUCUCUGACACAAGAGAUAAAGGCAAUGGUGAAUUCAGGUCAGGUGAGAAUUGAGAUCAGGCAUCUUUCCCCAGGCAGUGUGGUGGUCAACUUCACAGUAAUCUUCAGCCCAGAUCAAGAACAAGACAUCAGAAACACAUCAUCAGCACUUCUCUAUUCACUAAUGAACAGCUCUAUAUACGUUAUGGAUGAAAACAACACAAUCAUCAGUGAUUUUGAUGAAUGUGUUCCAUUAGAAAAUGAUUGUUCCCAGUGGGCCGAAUGUACAAACACGUGGGGCUCCUACACAUGUUCUUGUCUAGAUGGAUUUUUGGACACUGAACCACAAAGGCCUGGUAGAGCCUGUCAAGGUAACACUACUCUUGAGACAAUCACCGCGACUGAAAUAGCCACCACAAGCCCACCGAAGACCAUCGCGAAUGCACUCACAACUGCCUCCAUUGCACUAGCAACUACUUCUAUCGCACUAACUACCACGACUUGGUCCAACAACCAUCACGAUGGUAUCAACUGCGGCCACAACUUCUACCGCAGUAUUGACAACUACCUGGCCUCUAAUGAUACGUCCAAUAGAAUGUAUUCAAUUCUGGGUGAUAUUUCAGUUGAUUGCACAGUUACUGGCAUUACAGUCACAGUGGCUAGAGAGUUUCUAGUUAAUCACAACAUCAAAGAGACAACCCUGUACCUCGGCCAUGAUAAGUGCGGGGUCACUAGGUUCAAUGCCAGCCAUGCUCAGCUGAUUGUGGAGUGGAAUGAGUGCGGCAUAAUAUUUGCACAAAAUGAAUCCUACUACACGGCUUCUGUUACUCUGUUCAGCAACAUGGAAACAUACCUGUCACCCAGCGGAACACUGGAGACACCCAAACUACGCCUGGAAGUUCCCAUAAUAUGCACCUACAUGAGGAGCAUGCUCAUGUCUGCUGACUUUGGCUCCAUGGGGUAUGAAUUAAUACAAGAUGUGAUUACAAGUUCGGGGAUGUUCCAGGUCACAGUACAGCUGUUGAACGGUACAUUUCCAUUACCUUACAACUACAGCUUAUCUCCGGAGGAGGCUGUGGUGGUAGAAGUGAGCAUGAAUACUUCAGCAGAAGAGAUCAAAGUAGUGAUCUACUCAUGCUGGGCUACUCCUACGCAAAAUCCGUUUGACGACAAACGCUUCGUCUUCCUGGACAACAGAUGUGCCCUCAACAUGUACACUGUUGUGUUGAUGAACGGAAACUCCAGCACAUCUCGUGUGUCCGUACAGAUAUUCUCCUUUGUCGAUGUCAAUUUGAUAUAUCUGCACUGCCACGUUCAGAUAUGUAUGCAGAUCGGAUCAGACACAUGUGUCCCUGAUUGCAUGCAAAGAACAUCUUCGUCUUCCAACAUCAUUGGAAGAAUGUUCGGUUCUACUGGGCCUUUGAUUAUGUCUGAGGAAGGGUCUCCAGAGAGUGAAUAUGACAAAAUCCAAAUGAUUGGACUGUGCAUCCUUGGAGUUGUUAUAGUACUCUUCUUCGUUAUCGGAUCUGCCUGUCUCUUCUACUAUCAAAGGAAUCGCAUUGGACAUUACAAUUUCAAUGCCAACUCCCAGUCACUACACAUCACUGAUAUCAACUUGAAUGCUUAA